GGCAAUGCACCCCAGGAUGUACCGGCGAGUAUGGCAGAGGAGAACUAGCUGCCGAAAUGCGCAUCAGAUUAUUGUCAUGGUGCUUGCAAUCAUGAUGUCCUGCGGCAUGUUGUCACCGACGUCUGCAGUUGUCGAAGAUGAAACGUGGGAGAAGAUGUUUGUGCAAGGAGUCGACGAAAAAUCGUUGAAAGACUAUCUGUUCAAGAUUACAAGCUACGACCAUGUCGCAGGCACCCUGGGAGACCUCAGAUCCACCAACUUCGUCAAGAACAGACUAGAAUCAUCACUCAGAGACACUCCUGCUCUCGUGGAGGUAGAGGCUGUUCCGGUCAUGCUGUCCUACCCCAUCAGUCGGCAGUUGAGAAUGACAGAGCCGGUGGAAUUCAAUGCCAGUCUGAGCGAGACCAUCUUGCCAAACGAUGCUACCUCAGACAACGUCUGGAGAAACCUCUCUUUCAACGCUUAUUCGCCCUCCGGCAACGUCUCUGCGCAGCUGGUGUACGCCAACUACGGUGACCCGGACGACUUCGUAGCGCUAGAGAAGCUCGGCGUGUCCGUCGAGGGCAAGAUUGUGAUUGUACGGUAUGGGUCGACGUUUCGUGGUCUGAAGGUCAUGAACGCCGAGCGGAGGGGAGCGAUCGGCUGUAUCAUCUACAGCGAUCCUGAGGACGACGGCUACCAGCGCGGACCGACGUACCCGGAUGGGCCAUGGAGGCCGAAACAAGCAGUGCAGCGAGGAUCCGUCCAAUUCAACUCGCUCUGUGCCGGCGACCCAGCACGCAAGUACUCCAAGAAGUCAACGAUGGACCUUUGCGGGUAUGCCGUCGAAGACCUCAUCCCCUCCAUCCCUGUCCUCCCGAUCUCUUACGAGGAUGCUGCUCCUCUGCUGCAGAAUCUUGAUGCUGCUCCUCUGCUGCAGAAUCUUGUCACUCCUGGAGACCUCCCUCCUGGCUUUCAAGGCGGUCUUCCCUUCAAGUAUGCGACAGGCCCAGGUCCAGCCCACGUCAACCUGCUCGUAAACAACAAGUUCGAGGCUCGCAGGGUCUGGAAUGUCUUCGCUACCAUCCCCAGCGGCAACUUUGGAACAGCAGACGACAAGCUCGUGCUUGCCGGCAAUCACCGCGAUGCGUGGGUCUAUGGCGCCGCUGACCCCAACUCUGGGACCGCUGCUCUACUCGAGAUGGCCAGAGUCUUGGGGGACAUGUUGAGGAAGGGAUGGAAGCCGAAGAGGACUAUCGUGCUGUGUAACUGGGACGGAGAGGAGUACGGGCUUCUUGGGAGCACAGCAUGGGGGGAGAAACGAGCUAAGGAGCUCUCCUCCAAGAGUGUCGUCUACCUCAACGUGGACGUCGGGGUCGCCGGCCCGCACCUUUCAGUGCACGCCUCUCCUUUCCUCAGCCCCGUCAUCACCAACGUCUCCCGCAUGUUCGUUGACCCAGCAACGGGUCAGCCUCUCGAUCGAGCAUGGGACGGAGCCAUCGGGACGCUGGGCUCCGGGUCGGACUACACAGUCUUCCUUGAUCAUCUCGGCAUCCCAUCGGUCGAUUUGUCAUGGCGGCACAAUACCAGUGCCUACGGCGUCUACCACAGCGUGUACGACAGCUUCUCCUACAUGGUGCAGCAAGUUGAUCCAGACUUCCGCUAUCAUGCUCUCUGCACCAGGUUCUGGGGGGUCACCCUCCUUCGGUUCUCGGAUAGUGCUCUCCUCCCGUAUGAUCCCAAGAGCCUUGCAGGAGCGUUGAAUAAGUACUUGCUGUACGUCAAGAGCAUGAUGAACGCGACGGUGUGUCGAGGACAGUGCUCGGAGAUCUUCAAGGUGGUGAAGCAGGAGGGGAGUGGUGUGUUCCCACUAGACCUCAGUGAGCUAGAGGAGGCAGUCAGCGGCUUCACGACCGCUGCGUCCUCUCCUGCGCUGCAGCAGGCCAUCGCAUCCUGCAGGCAGGAAGGAGCUUGCAGCAAGAGGCUGCUGCUCCGUCUGAACGAGGCAAUGAGGAGGACAGAGAGAGCAUUCCUGGAUCCGGCAGGGCUCCCUGGGAGGAAAUGGUUCCGCCACAUCCUACAGGCGCCCGGGCUGUACCUCGGGUAUGGCGCUGACAUGUUUCCUGGUAUCUGCCAGGCGAUUCGUGAUGGGGAUGCGAAGCUGGCGCAAGAACAAGCGACGCGCUGUGCGGGGGUUGUGAAGCACGCGAGUUCGGUUUUAAUGAGCUGGCAGCAAGACAGAGAAGUCGUUACUUGAAGGAAGACUGUACAACAAGAACAACAAGAACAAGAGGGAGAACAAGGGGGAGGAAAACUAUGGGGAAAACAAGAUGAUGAAGAAAUACAAUGUCACUCUCAAUCCUGUGCAAUCUGCGCGAUCAGAAAAUCGACGAACAUCUCUGCAGCCUUCUCCGACGUCGACGGGGUCUGGCCAUCGUCGGUCACUACCUUGAGAAACUGCCUCUUAAUCCUCCUCUGCUCUCCGAUGGGGACGACCCGGUUGAUAGUGACGGGCUUGCUGCAGUACGGGAACUUCACCACCCCUGCCAUCACCCCCUCUGACUGGCUCUUCUGAAGGGUUCCGAGGAUCUGCGACGUUAUCACAUCUAUCUCGUGCAGCAUGUUCUUGUCCGCCACGGGCUGGGAGACUGUCGCCAGGUUCGGAUUGAGGCUCUUUCCUUCGAUCAUGCUCACCACGUCGUCCAGCGGGAGGACCUCGUCCUCUGGCCGCACCACAAACAGCGGCCUCUCCCAUCGAUUCCUGUCGUUGGGCCGCUCGAACCUCUGCGGCAGCUCCGCCAGGAUGCUCUCCCCGUACGCCCCCGUCCCCGCGUUGAACCCGGC